AUGGUAUUCGAUGAACGACCACAAAUAGGCAGACACAAACCAAACGGCGGCCCCUCCGGUCAAGCCUUUGAAUCCGCCAUUGAAGCGGCUGGACUUAUUGUUCUAUGCACUUUUGACGAAUUCGUUAGGACUAUUGGGUCCACUCAUGCUUUCGGGAAAUUCCCGUUUGACGACAGCGGACGUGCCUUGAAUCCUGAUUCGGACAAGAUUGCUUUGAAAAUGCUCGAAAGAUCUAAGGAGAUAAAUCGAAAAGCUUCCAAAACAAAAGGGGCCAAGCUGCUUCUAUGGCCAUCUAAACUCCUACCUCAUGGAGGAUUUCCAUCCGUAACAUCUUCCGGCACCAUCCUCGAGGUUCCCUAUCACAAAAUCUUUCAACAGGUCCUUGACGCUGCCCAGCUUGCUCGACAAGCAGCUGGUUCUCACCCCUCAGAACACUUUACCUCUUUUCUAAAGGAUGCCAAGAACCAUCUACGUAUAGUGAACCAAAUACGACUCCAAGAACAAACGAAGUAUUUUCUUGAGAGUCUAAGCAUGCUACCCGGCUCCGAUUUCAAACCCUAUCUAGAUAAAGACACGGUUAGGGUGACACAUCCGCUUGAUGGCAACUCGGUCAUUCAGGAGCCAUACUACGAAGGCAAGGAUUUGAAGUUUAAAGAUAUCACUUAUACCGAUCAACUGGGAGAAAACGUUUGCUGCAGCGGAGGGUCACGUUACCCCCUCUCAAGUAUCCAAUAUGGAGCACUUCGUCGAAAUUUAUGGAACUCUAGAGACAGACAAGAUCGCCAAAGAGCACUGUGA